GACUCGUAUGUAUUACAUUCAAAUCCUCGAUUUGUCUAACCAAAAAGGUUUCGAUUAUGUUCCUCGAAAUUUUUCAUUCAAAAUGUUUCCUCCAUGGGGUUGUCAUAGAAUUUGUAGCAUUGUGGUUACAACAUCAGGAGAUGUUUUGGUGGUUCAGAACAACCUUUGCGAGACAAAUAUUGAAAGCCGCAAGAGCUUCAGCCUCUUCAAGAAGAAUCCUAAAGCAGAUCCAGAUGAACACUGCAAACUUGUUGAGGUACAUUCUCUAGGUGAUGAAGAGGCUAUGCUUCUUGACUUGGGUAUCAUUGUGCCCGGUAUCGAACCAAACUCCAUCUAUUUUACCCGUGAUGAACGUGUUUUUCACCGGCAGAAUUUAAAACUCGACAUUUGUGUGUUCAAUCUCGAAACCAAGACCCUCAAACGCUUUCCUAGUCUCUCCAACAUGAAGCUCAAAGAUGCUCGAUGGUUUCUCCCUUGCAUUUGAAUGUCUAAACUUUAUUUUCUAUGUCUGUUAGCUCUUUUUGUUGUUGUUCCUAUUCCUUUUUGGUGCUUUUUGUUCUGUUUAUAAAAGACGACAAUGCUG